UCAACAUCAAUUGCUAAAACAAACCAACUCAAAGAAACAAAACUAAAUUUCAAACAUGUUUCACCGCAGUUUCUUCCUCUCAUUGCUAGUAACACUAGCAACCAUACAUGGUAGCUACGCAGUAGACUAUACCGUGACGAACACGGCAGCCUCGACUUCUGGUGGAGCGCGUUACUCGAGAGAAAUUGGAGACGCAUACAGCAAACAGACCCUAGCAUCCGCCACUGAUUUCAUAUGGAAACUAUUCCAAACACCGAAUCCUGCCGAUCGUAAAAAUAUAGCAACAGUCGGCCUAUUUAUCGACGACAUGGACGGAGUUGCAUACGCAAGCAAUAAUCAAAUCCACUUUAGUGCACGAUAUAUAGGAGGCUAUUCCGGAGAUUUAAAAAGGGAAUUCAACGGCGUUCUUUAUCACGAAAUGACACAUAUUUGGCAAUGGAACGGUAACGGUCAAGCUCCCGGAGGAUUGAUUGAAGGAAUUGCUGAUUAUGUGAGGCUAAAAGCGAACUACGCGCCGAGUCAUUGGGUUCAGCCGGGACAAGGGACUAAGUGGGAUCAAGGUUACGAUGUUACAGCUAGGUUUUUGGAUUAUUGUAAUGGUCUUAGAAAUGGAUUUGUUGCUGAACUAAACAAGAAAAUGAGAGCUGGUUAUAGCAAUCAGUUCUUUGUUGAUUUGCUUGGAAAAUCUGUUGAUCAGCUUUGGAGUGAUUACAAGGCCAAAUAUGGAAACUAGAUUGGUCAAGAAUAUGGUGCAUUGUUGACUAUAUGUAUUAACUAAAUAAAAUUGCGUCGUAACGAUAUUAUCUACCUAGAAAUUUUACCUAGACGGGUAUUCAUAGAAAAUGCAUGGACCCAACUAAUCAAAUGUUUGAAAUGAAAAGUAAGAAAAAGUGAAAUUUUCCAACAUUUAAUUGAUCGGGUUUAUACAUCUUCUAUGGACUCAGCUUGGAUAAGAAUUUUCAUUAUCUUUAUUAAAUCUUAUAGUAAGUGUUUUACGUUUGUGGUCGUAAAGUUGCACUCCUUUCUGAA